AGUAAAUUCUUUUGAAAGAUUCUGAAAACAACCAAAUAACUCCAUUCCUUGAGUUAAAAUCUGCAAUACAGUACAGUAUAUUCAUUCUCUUUCAAACUGUAAAUUCUUCCACCAUCUCUCUUCCUCUCUCCCCCCCUUUCUCCGCGCUUCCAUAUACAGACUUAUGGAGCCCCAGAUCCCUCGACUGACACUCUGUCCUUUCUUCGUCACUGUCUAGUACUUACAACUUUUACUUCAAAGUUUUUACUACUACCAAGUGAAGUGGCUUCCAACUACGCUACUUUGCUUUGGAUACCUUAGAUGGGAAGUUUACAGAUAACGCGUAUUGAUUUAGAGUGCGGUGUUGGCCCCAAUUUGUUCAUCAUGGAUGUUGAUGAUGAUGAGAGAAGUACAUGCACUUCAGAAGCCGAGGAGGGUUCUUGUCAUACACAGUUCUACUCAAAUUCUGGUGGUUCAAUUGAUAGUCGUAAUUCUGAUUUUGAAAUUGAUGAAGUUUUGGAUACUAGAAGAGUUCCAUCUGUUGUUGGAUCAGAUUGUUCCAUUGAUAUCGGAAAUGAGUGUGACGAUGUCUCGGAGACAUUGGAAAGAGGUUGCAGAAUAUGUCAUUUAAGUUUUCAAGUUCAUGGGAGUGAUGUGGAGUCUGGAAUCACAAUCGAACUCGGGUGUUCUUGUAGAAAUGAUCUAGCUGCUGCUCAUCAGCAUUGUGCUGAAACAUGGUUCAAAAUCAAAGGAAAUAGAAUCUGUGAAAUUUGCAAUGCAAUUGCACGUAAUGUUGUUGUUCCCAGUGAAAUUGUAUCAACGCAGCAUAUUCUUGAGGUGAGUACUUACUCAAGAAACACAGACCCUGGACCAGCACCAUCAACUUCAGCAACAAAUGCACCAUCAACUUCAGAGACUUUAACAUUCUUUAUAGGACACCAGCUAGUCAAUAUUCUGCUUCCAUGUGUUGUUUCUGUUUUCUUCCUGUCAUGGCUAUUCCACUUUCACAUGCCUUUUUGAAAUUCCUAAUUAGGCAACUAGAUUUCCAGCUUUGUGGUAUUUGUGCAGUUAUAAGAAUAUAUAGUACUUUUGUGUGAUAAUCCUUAUUUGUAGAAGUUUUAUUGUAAAUAUUAAUAGUAUUUGGAUUCAAAUUAUUACUUUCUUCAGCUCUUUGUAGUUGUUUAUGUAUCUCAAAAGCGAAAAAGAAGAAUGAAUU